AUGCCCCGCCAGUACGAUGAAGAUGAAGCACGUCGUCCAAUUCUGCAACCGGACACGGAUACGGAUGAACCGACCGCGGUCAGUGGUUCGUUGGCCCGCCUAGGACGGCCGAGCGAUGACGAUGAAUUGACCGAACGGUUGACAGGUUGCGGUGCGACCGCGUGCUGUAACCCGUCCUCGUUUCUGCAUCGCUUCCAGGCCCUUAUCUUGAUGUGCCUGGUUGGAUUCGGUUCUUACUUCUGCUAUGAUAAUCCGGGCGCGUUGCAAGAUACGUUCAAAUCGGAUCUCGAUCUUACCACCACCCAGUUCGUGAUGCUGUACUCGAUCUACUCGUGGCCCAACGUGAUCCUGUGCUUCAUUGGCGGGUUCCUGAUGGAUCGCGUCUUCGGCAUCCGGCUGGGUACGAUCAUCUACAUGUUUAUACUGCUGAUCGGACAGCUGAUCUUCGCGAUGGGUGCCACUAUCAACUUGUUUUGGCUCAUGAUCGUCGGACGCUUCAUGUUCGGCAUUGGUGCGGAAUCGCUUGCCGUGGCACAGAACAGUUACGCGGUGCUGUGGUUCAAGGGCAAGGAGCUUAAUAUGGUGUUUGGGCUGCAGCUAUCGUUUGCCCGUGUUGGUAGCACGGUUAACUUCCUCGUAAUGGUACCGAUCUACAAGUACGUGAAGAGUCUCGGCUACCAGGGACACAUGUGCACCGGCGUGGUCCUGCUGCUUGCUACCCUGACCUGCGUAAUGUCGAUGAUAUGUGCCCUUCUGCUUGGCUGGAUGGAUCGCCGGGCGGCACGCAUUUUGAAGCGUAACGAUUCUGCCCCCGGUGGCGAAGUGGCCAAACUGUCCGAUGUGCGCACGUUCCAGGUGUCGUUCUGGAUGGUGACGGUAAUUUGUGUCGCGUACUAUGUGGCCAUCUUUCCCUUCAUCGCGCUCGGGAAAGUGUUCUUUAUGCGCAAGUUUGAUUUUACUUCCGAAGAUGCCAAUACGGUCAAUUCGAUCGUGUACAUUAUUGCGGCGGUCGCAAGUCCAUUGUUUGGGUUGCUUGUGGAUCGCACCGGGCGCAACUUGCUGUGGGUAUUUCUGUCGGUAAUUCUAACGAUCGUGGCACACGGAAUCCUCGCUUUCAGCUACCUUAACCCUUACAUCGGAAUGAUCACGAUGGGGCUGGCUUAUUCGAUGCUUGCCUCCAGCCUGUGGCCGCUGGUUGCAUUGAUCGUGCCAGAAUAUCAACUCGGAACGGCAUACGGCAUCUGCCAAUCUGUGCAAAACCUUGGGCUGGCCGUGAUCUCAAUGAUUUCGGGCAUGAUCGUUGACAAGGGUGGAUAUUUUAUGCUGGAAAUUUUCUUCAUCGGAUGGCUUAUCGUUUCUCUUCUCGCCACUAUCGUUAUCUGGAUGUAUGACGCAAGCAAUGACGGAGUGUUAAAUAUGAGUCCGAAAGCACGAUCGCUACAUGCAAGCAAAACGUACGAUAAACACUGCCGCAUGUCCGGUGAGCCGGGAAGUUCCGGCGAUAUGACGGACAGUCAGGAGCAACUGGAACGUGAUCGGCGCUCCCACGAUCCGGAAGCGAUCCGGAACCGGUACGUAAACCGCGUGCUCGAUGGUACACCAACCCAAAGCGACACGGAACCGCUGGUGGAGUAA